AUCGUCAGUUUUAUGGUCAGUCAAUGAAAUCAACAAAAGUCAUGGGAAUGUCAAAAUUAUAUUUCAAACAUUUUUUCUUUGAAUUUAAAUUUUUGCCGUUUUUGUUUAGCAUUUUACAAUUACUGCUUUGUAUUCCAGUUAUUAAAUUAAAUUGAUAUGUGAAAUGUCGGGGGAACCAAAAACACAAGAUUCGCAUAACGUCGUUGAAUACCAUCGUAAAUGUCGUAUUCCGCAACGGCUGGUGCCAGAGCGACAGCGACCGCUUCCCAAAUCUAAAACCCCAAAUGCUGAACAUAAUAUUAAAAAUAAAACGGAUUUUUUAUCUACGAACCCACCUAAUAACCUGAGGUAUACGACUAGACCAAAUUCAAAUGAGAAACCGCCACUAUAUCAUAGAAAGGCUACAAAUGACAAAAAUGAAAUGGCCAUAAAUAGUAAAGCUGGAAGACAAGUUAUUACUGUGCCACUCAAACAGAAAAAAGCAGCAUAUCAUAACAAAUUGUCAGCAAAUCUUCCUGACCAGGAGACGAUUAAAAAAUGUGAAGAGUUAGAACUACAGCAAGAAGAUUUUUCUGAAGCUGCUAACAUGUACCAUAGCAUGAAUGAUAUAUUCUUCGAUUUCAAUGAAGAAGAAUCUGUUACUUCGCGAAGUGAUAAAAUAACGCAAUUACAAAGUUGUUGGCAAGAAAAAAUUGUUCAGUUUGAAGAGAUGAAAAAUGAAUUAAACGACCGACAGAAUGGAAUAUUGGAAGUUUACGCAUCAUUGAGAAAUACAAAACAGAAGUUGAUGUCGAUGGGGCAAAAGCCUGAAUUGCCAUCCACAGAUGAUCUGCGCAUCAUGAACGUAGCCAAUAUGACUCCUGCUCAACUGCUACAAUUGUGUGCUGAAAAUAAAACACGAAAAGAUGUAAUAGAUAACCAGGCCAAAAACGCUUUGACGAUUGACUUGAAAAAAUUUAAUGAGAUUCCGUUAAAGUUGGUGGCUACAUGUGAACAGGCUUUAGCGACUAGAAAAGAAUUAAUUGAUUGGUUUGAAAAUUUGAAAAAUCAAGAGAAGGGUUGCACAAAGAGCAGUCUUUCAAAGAAGAUUAACGAAUUUAAUGCGGAGAGCGAAAUGUUGAGUUGCACUUUAGAAAUAGCAAAAAAUGAUUUACUUAAUGAACUAAAUGAUGUAAUAAGAACAUGUUUCAACGAAAGAGUAGCGCUCCAACUGCGCACUGAAGAACUCACAUGCGAAGUAUCAGAAUUAUAUUCGCAGAACGCUGACCUCAAAAAGCAAUUAAAUAAUGCCGAGAAACAGAAGGCAUUUAUUAAUAAAAUAAGAAUUGAGGAACUCGAAAAGGAGCUUAAAGAAGAAAAGAUAAAAAGAAUGACAAUGCGAGAUCGCUUAUCGCGAACUGAAGGGCAACUGAAAAUUGAGGCAGAGCGUGCAAAUCUAUUAGAAGCGGCACUUGAUCAAGCCCGUUCACAAAUACGAACUUUGGAAUGCACAGUACAAGAACAACAUGAUCAGAAUCAACAAUUGCAACAAGAUUUUGCUGUCGAAUUGAAUAAAUUAAAAGAAUCUAUGGAAAAAAAUACAACACAUUUGGAGGAAAUUGCAUCAGCAAGAGAAACCUUACAACAUGAGAAGGACGAUCUAAAGAAAAAGCUUGAAGAACUUUCUAGUCACUAUAACGAUUCUCUGGCAGCAAUGAAAGAAGAACUCAAUAAAAACAUCGCAAAGCUUAUAGACGUCGAAAAGAAAUACAAUGAUGAAAUUGGAAACAAAAAGCAAUUACUCAAAACCAUAGAGUCUCAAUGUGCUCGUCUAAUUGAAUAUGAAUUACGCCAUAAAGACACAAUGAAACAAUUGCAAGAAACAGAAAGAACUUCAAAUGAUCUUAUGAAUUAUAAAAAAGAUUUUGAACGAACCAAGUACGAGCUACAUGAAACUAUUGCUAGUUUAGAAAAUUAUAAGAAACGAAUUUCAGAACAGGAUGUGAAAAUAAUUGACAUGGAGGACAAUUUAAAAAAGUCUUAUGAACAUGUAAGAACAUUAGAAAGCGACAUCAAUAAUAAAGAAAAUUUUAUAGCAGCACUCGAAGAACAGCAUGUUUUUCUACAGCAACAAUCACAAGAAAAUGAAUGUAAAAUGAAACGAUACGAAGAGGAACUUAAGACUCUUAAAAACCACUUAACAAAGUUGCAGGAACAUUUUACUGAAUUCGAAAAUCUGAAUGAACUACAUGAUUUGGUUAAUCGAGAAAACACUAAGCUGGCUGAAACAAAACAUAAAAAUGAUGAACUAUCUGAAGAGUUACAGAAAAAGCAAAAUAACUUAAAACAUUUAAUGGAACUUAUAUCUGAACAUGAGGAUUUAAUUAAACAAAGACAAAGCGUGCUACAAAUGCUAUCUGAAAAAGAAGAACAACAAUCAAAUGUUUUGAAACUAAGUAAACAAAUGACGGAAAAGAACGCUGAAAUUGACUCUCUUAUCACGAAUAUAGAAACACGAAAAGAACAAAUAUCUCAGUUAGAGAAGAUAAUUCUUGCAAUAGAAGAUCAAAAUCGAAAAGGUGCUAUUGAAAAAAGAAAAGACAAAGACAAAAUUCACGCUCUUGAACAGAAAAUAGCAGAAUACGAAUAUUAUAUAGCAAGUAGAAAUAAUGAGUUGGCAUCCCCAGAAAACCUAGAUAAAUUAAUAAAAAUCCUCGAAGAUGAAUUAGGAACUCCAUACGAAACACAGUUGAUUAAAACGAAUCAUGCAUAUGAUGGAAGAAAUGAGCACAUUGGUAAUCGCAAUGAGCUCAAUCAUGUGGAUCAUUACGGUCAAACGGAAUUCAAUUAUCAUCCAGAAACCAAAGAUAUGCCUACUAAAAUUGUGAUGGGUAACUUUGUUAAAAAAACUUACAUUACAAAUAACGAUGAGAAAUAUAAAAACGAUAAUCUUCCCCAUAAACAAGCUAUAAAAAAUAUUGAUACUCGGAAAUGGACAGCACCUGUCACUGAAAAUACAUUUACAUUUAUAGAUAGUGAUAAAUUAUUGUAUGCUGACGCAACAAAACACCGUCCAAAAGAAAGAAUAUUAAAAAAUUUGCAAUAUGUUGUGCCAAAUCAAGUCAAAGAGGAAAAAAAGUGCAAAAUGUUUAAAUUUGCUAGUCACCGAAUUGCAUAAUUUUGUGUUAUGAUCUGUAAGGUUAAAAUUGUAUGUAUUUAAUAAUAUUUAUAUUUAUACUAUAUAAAUGUUUGUGUGAUAAGGAAAAAAUAAAAAAUAA